AUGACGUCCCCACCUAAAGGGACCGAUUACCUGAAAUCUCUAGGAUCUAUACGAGAGAGAUGUCAACAAGUUUUCAAUCUAACAGUUAACCAAGACCAGUUGGAGUUUUGGUCUGUCGAUCAAUCUACUCUGCCUAGCAUAGUCGAUUUCUGCUCGUAUCUAAUCUCGAGAGAUUAUGGAGCGAAUUAUCAGUCAAUUCCACCUCAUGGUCGAUGGAGGCAUUUUCUUGCUAAUGAGCGCGACCGGAUUAGCCCUCUGCUAGAGCAAUGGUCGGCCGAUUCCAGCGUUGAUCCGGUCGAGACCGGCCGCCGAUUGGUCGAUUUGUUCGUGGUCGCAGUUCUGAUGGACGCUGGAGCGGGGGACGAAUGGAAGUUUGUCGAGCCACUGGAAGAGUCCUGCUCGACGAGCGCGAACGCGAACGAGAGCUUGGAGCAGGGGAUCGGCCGCAGUGAAGGUCUUGCUGUAGGCACCUUACAUGCCUUCAAGCAAGGCAUUUUUUCCUCGGAUCCUAAACAUCCCCAUCAAGUUGACCCGACCGCUCUGAGCUCGCUCACUCCCUCAAAGGUGGCCGAAUUUAUGCAAUCUAAAUCUGGUAACCAAAUGGUCGGGCUUGAAGGACGUUCGAACCUUCUCCAAAAACUUGGCUGUUUACUUUCCAGUGGAUCCAAAUAUUUCCCUGCCCAAGAACCAAAUUCUCAAUCUCGCCCCGGCAACUUAAUCGACUAUAUUCUGACACAUCCCGACGUUCACCCCCUCCCCCGUGCCGUGAUGCGAGGAGAGAUCAGCAUGUCGAUCGAUGUCUUAUGGGAGGUCAUAAUCAACGAGAAGGAUGGUCUUGGCAGCAUCUGGCCGAAGGAAGGCAGGCAGCCUAUCGGCGGCAAAUUCAUCGGAGAUGUAUGGACUUGUGAAGCCUUAAAUCGAGUUACAAAAGAUGGAGGACAUGUCCCCUUUCAUAAGCUAUCACAGUGGUUGACUUAUUCGUUGAUCGAGGUUCUAGAAAAGACCCUCAAGUGGGUAAUCACAGGAAGCGAGAAGAUGACUGGAUUGCCCGAAUAUCGCAAUGGGGGUCUACUAAUCGAUUUCCAAUACAUCCAACCGAAACCGAUGGCGUUUAUCAAAUCCCUAGGCCUUCCAGAAGCGGAUUCAAGCUCAUUCAGCUUAAUGGACACGCUCCCGCCACUGGCAGCCAGUCACCCGGCGAUCGUCGAGUGGCGCGCGUUGACGGUCAUUGCGCUCGACCGGAUCAAAGACUCUAUCAACGAAAAAUUAGAGCUUGUCGGAUCUGCUCAGGCCUUGUCCUUGCCUCAGGUCUUGGAAGCUGCUACGUGGAAAGGCGGCAGAGAAAUCGCUAGGAUCAAACGUGCUCAGGACGGCUCGUCGGCUGGCCCGCCUAUCAAAGUCAUCAGCGAUGGCACGGUCUUUUGA